AUGUUUGAAGCAAGUGAUAGUCAGAACAUAUCAGAGGAGCAGGUCAACCUCAGUGAGGGCACAAGCCCUAGUGGUAGCUAUGAUCAAGGUAGCAGAAGCACUCCUAGCAACCGGCCUAAGGCUGCUACCAAACAGAGAAAGAAGAGAAACUCUGACACUGAGGAUGAAGAUUUUGUUGUUGAGGAAGAAGUGACCUCAAAGAAGAAAGUGCUCAAGAGGGAAAAUACUGCAGUUGCUGCCACCAAGCCAGGUCUCCAGAAGAAAGCUCCUGUCAAGAGAGCUCCUAUGUCAAAAGUGAGAAAGUCAAGUGUUACUCAAGAAACUAUGAAGUUCACUCUUGAACAUUCUGAUGAUGAUGAGGCUGUAGAUGGAAAGAAGAAGGAGAUAGCCAAAACAACCACUACUAAGGUACUUGGCAAACCUUCUAUGAGGGAAGAGGAUGAGGAGGAGGAAGAGCCUGUUGCACCCCCAGCCAAAACUCAGAAAUUAAUGGUUGAUGCCAUUAAGACUGGUGCACCCUCCAAGCCCAAGUCAAAAGCUUCACCUGCUGCACCCAAGACUACGGCUCCUAAGAGAUCCACCAGGAACAUUCCUGCUGCAGAGAAGAAAAGGCCCUAG